UUUCUGCACCUUCCAGGUCCCAGCUAGGGUUCGAGAGAGUUUGUUAAAGCGAUAGUCACCUCAGUGCGCUGGGGACCAUCCAGGGACCAGCUAGUGACCCCAGCAGCCAAGGAGCGAAGUGGGAGAAGAGUGGUUCUGGUCACCCGACCCUCGACCCCAGCUCCAGCCUGGUGAAAGGAGGCAUCGCCGCGGGGCUGCGGCCGGAGAGCAGGUGGCCUGUGAGGGGGUAAGGAGAUGGGGGGUGAAGCAACCACGGGGGCAGCUGCCACGGCGGGGCCCGUGGCCGAGGGCCGGGUCAAGAGUCUGGGGCUCGUGUUCGAAGACGAGCAGAAGAGCAGCUACUCGAGCGGCGAGACCGUGGCUGGUCAUGUGCUGCUGGAGAUAACCGAGCCGCUGGCCCUCCGAGCGCUCCGUCUGGAGGCCCAGGGCCGGGCCCGGGCAAGCUGGAGCCAGAGCCCCGGACACCACAGGCUCGACGCCUCGGGGCCCCUGCAAGCGGAGAUAGAGUACCUGAACAUCCGCCAGAGCCUCCGGGAGCCCGCAGCAGGUGAAAGCAUCAUUUUAUUACAACCUGGAAAACAUGAAUUUCCAUUCAGCUUUCAGCUCCCAUCUGAGCCUUUGGUAACAUCAUUCACUGGAAAGUAUGGCAGUAUUCAAUACUCUGUGAGAGCAAUCUUGGAACGGCCUGUGGUACCCGACCAAAGUAUAAAAAGAGAACUCCAGGUUAUUAGUCAUAUUGAUGUCAACACACCAGCUUUAUUAACACCUGUAUUGAGAAGUCAUGAGAAAAUGGUUGGCUGUUGGUUUUUCACUUCUGGCCCAGUUUCAUUGAGUGCCAAAAUUGAGAGAAAGGGAUAUUGCAAUGGUGAAGCCAUACCAAUCUAUGCAGAAAUUGAAAACUGUUCAUCUCGUCUGAUUGUUCCCAAAGCUGCCAUUUUUCAAACACAGACUUACUUGGCCAGUGGGAAGACCAAAACAUUUCGCCAAAUGGUUGCCAAUGUUCGAGGAAACCAUAUUGCUUCUGGAAGCACAGAUACAUGGAAUGGCAAGACUUUGAAAAUUCCACCUGUUAUACCAUCCAUCCUUGAUUGCUGUAUUAUCAGAGUAGAUUAUUCCUUAGCGGUAUAUAUUCACAUUCCUGGUGCUAAGAAAUUGAUGCUAGAGCUGCCAUUGGUAAUUGGCACAAUUCCAUACAAUGGUUUUGGGAGUAGAAACUCCAGUGUUGCUAGUCAGUUUGGUGUGGACAUGAGCUGGUUGACAUUGACACUUCCAGAGCAUCCUGAAGCACCACCAAAUUAUGCUGAUGUGGUAUCAGAAGAAGAGUAUUCUAGGCACAUUCCUCCUUACCCUCAGCCAACUGAUUGUCAGGAAGAAAUAUACUGUCCUCUGUUUGCUUAUAUACAAGAAUUCCGAUUUCAGCCUCCACCUCUAUAUUCAGAGGUUGAUCCACAUCCUGCUGAUACAGAAGACACUCAAACUGUUUCGUUUAUGCUAUGACUGUUUCAGAAACUGCUGGAGUCAUGAUCAAAUUAGAUCAUGACCUCUCUUCUGCUGCCUUUGUUGGGAAGGGGCUAUAGAAGUAGGGGAACUUAGCUUUCAGUAUCAGUUUUGAACAUAAAAGCUAAAGAAUGUAGAAGAUGGAAGAAGUGUGGGCUUUUGAUGUGGACAAGUUUGCAUGAUGGUCCUUUAAAUAAUGGGAUUGAAUAUGUAAGUAUCACUGAAUGGAACUGGAUGUGCAGAUGAAGAUGGAGUAAGUGAAGGAAAAGAACACUUGAGUGGCCCACAAAGAAAGUACCACAUACAUAAUGGAAACACAAGAUAAACAUUUGAAGGGACUGUGUCAAAGUGAAAUCAAAAUACCUAAAAAUUUUGGGUUUCUAUAAAUUAAUCAGCUGCUGUCUUGUAGACCAUAAUCAAGGAAAAGAUGUACAAGAGGAAAAUGAUCUGAUACAAAAUUUAAAAGAACCCUUUCCACCAAUUCAAGGCUUUCAUGUUUUAUAUGCUAAACAAGAUUAUUAAAAAAAAAAACAACUUUUUAAAAACAUCAUCAUGUUAAUCGGA